AUGUCGUCAAUCUACAAGGCAUUCGACCGUACGGUUCGAGACCUCAAGCGUGAGGUCAACAAGAAUGUGCUCAAGGUGCCUGAUGCCGAGCGCAAGGCGCUGGACGCGACGACCAACGAGCCGUGGGGGCCUCACGGCCAGCUGCUCGUGGACCUCGCGCGGGCGUCGCACAACCCGAUCGAGUACUCCUUGGUCAUGAACGUACUGUGGAAGCGCUGCCAGGAUGUUGGCAAGGACUGGCGCCACGUGUACAAGUCGCUGGUGGUGAUGGAGUAUCUGGUGGCGCAUGGCACAGAGCGCGUUGUCAGAGACCUCCGCGACCGUUCUGCCUUCAUCCAGAGUCUGGGCGAUUUCCAGUACAUAGACAGCGCGGGCAAGGACCAGGGCCUCAACGUGCGCACCAAGGCGCAGGCGCUGCUCGCCCUGCUGCGCGACUCCGCUCGCAUUGCUGAGCUCAGGGACCGUGCUGCUGCCACCCGUAACAGGUGCGUGCUGCUCUGCUGCCACCCGCAACAGGUGCGUGCUGCUCUGCUGCCACCUGCAACAGGUGCGUGCUGCUCUGCUGCCACCCGCAACAGGUGCGUGCUGCUCUGCUGCCACCCGCAACAGGUGCGUGCUGCUCUGCUGCCACCCGCAACAGGUGCGUGCUGCUCUGCUGCCACCCGCAACAGGUGCGUGCUGCUCUGCUGCCACCCGCAACAGUUCCAAAUGACCUCCUCGCCCCUCUCAACCACUCUUGACCGUUCCACCAGGUUCAAGGGCGCGUCAGCAGCGGGCACGGGGCGGGCAUCGAACCCGUAUGGCGACUACGAGCCCGAGAGGCAGUCCAGGGACUCGCACCCCACGGCCAGCUACGGCAGCAACAGCUGCGCGGGCGAGGCCAGGAGUGUGUACAGCACGGGGUCAGCAGAGCGGGUGCACUCCACAGGCAGCGCACACAGUGGUGACGGCGAGAGGCCCAGCGGGUACACAGGCAAGGAGAGGUACAGUGGUGAGGAGGACGUGGAGCACAGCAGCACGGGGGGCGGUGGGGCGAGGGCGAGCGGUCACGAGGGAGGAGGUGCGGCUGGCAGCAGGGUGGCAGGCAGCAGUGCUGCCGGGGAGGGUGUGGCAGCGGUGCAGGUGGGGGGCGGGGGGGGUGGUGGGGCCGGUGGGGGCACGCCACAGAGUGCGCCCAGGCCUGCUGCUGUGGCCAGCACUGCAGCAGCCAGCGCCAGUCCGUUUGAAGAGGAAGGCUUCUCUGCAAGCAGCGCCUACGGCCCAGGCCCAACACAGCCCUACACCUACCCGCCCUCCGAUGCGCCUCCGGCUGCUGCAGCCGCUGCUGCAGUUGCUGCGGCGCCUGCAGCGGUGGCGUCCGGUGGGGGCGGCGGGGGCUUUGACGAUGACGACUUUGACCCGCGCUCCGCAGCGCAGCAGCCAGCGCCGCAGCACUGGCAGCCCGCACCUGCUGCAGCCGCUGGAGCGCCCCCUGCUUUUGGGGAUUCGUCCUUCCCAGCCACGUUCUCACAGCAACCGCAGCAGGCGCAGCAACCAGGGCACUAUCAGCAGCCACCUCAGCAGUAUCAGCAGCCACUUCAGCAGUAUCAGCAACCACCUCAGCAGUACCAGCAGCCACCUCAGCAAUAUCAACAACCACCUCAGCAAUAUCAGCAGUCACCUCAGCAGUAUCAGCAGUCACCUCAACAAUACCAGCAGCCACCUCAGCAAUACCAGCAGCCACCUCAGCAAUACCAGCAGCCACCUCAGCAAUACCAGCAGCCGCCUCCGCAGUAUGACCAGCCUCCUCCACAAUACCAGCAGCCACAGCAGCAGCAGCAGCAGCAGCAGCAGCAGCAGCAGCAGCAGCAGCAGCAGCAACCAGCAGCGGCUCCCACCAGCCCCCCAGCUGGUGCUGCAGCAGCAACGGCCUCUCAGGAGGGCUUCCAAGCUUUCCCACCUGAUGCCCCUCCUCCCUACUCCUUCUCCUCCGAGCAGCCCCCACAGCCGCAGCAGCAACAGCAGCAGCAGCAGCGGCAGCAGCUGGCAGCAUCUGGCUACACAGACCCCUCCCAGCCUGCUGCACCCGCACCAGCUGCUCCGUAUGCUUUCUCUGCCUCAGACACUGCACCCACCCCCGCUGCCGCUCCCCCUCAUCCCACUGCCCAUCACCCUGCUCCCCCUGCCUCCGUGGCUGCACCUGCUUCUGCUGCCCCCCCUGCUGCUGGCACCAGUGAUAGCGGUGCCGUAGGAGGAGAGGGCAAGUCCAGUGCGAGUGGGGGGGCGGGUGCGGGAGUGAAGAAGUCGAGUGUGUUCUCAGACGUGCUCAGUGCCGGCCUCGUGGACCUCAACAUCUCCAAAGAGCCGGACGACCCUUUGAGCUCGGUGGGUGUGAUGCCCAAGUCGAAGCUGCGGUCGGCGCGUGAGCGCAAGGAGGACGCCACUCGCCAGCAGCACCAGCAGCAGCAGCACCUGGGCCUGGGGCAGGGGCAGGGGCAGCAGGGGGGUGUGCCCGCUACCAUGGGCCGUGCCAUGGGGCCUGGCACUGGUGCUGGUGCCGGUGGCAUGGGUGUGGGGGCAGGCAUGGGGGGCAUGGGAGGCAUGGAGGGAAUGGGAGGCAUGGGAGGCAUGGGUGGUGGGAUGGGAAUGGGAGGAGGAAUGGGGGGGAUGGGUGGAAUGGGUGCCAUGGGCAGUGGUGGUGGUGGUGGCUAUGGUAUGCAGGGUGGUGGGUACGGGGGAAUGGGGAUGGGUGCUGGGGGGAUGGGAGCGAUGGGAGGGGGCAUGGCAGGAAACAUGGGCAUGGGAAUGGGAGGUGGUGGAUAUCCAAAUCCUCAAGGUGGCUAUCCGACAGGUGCCGGUAACUACCAGCAGCCUAGUUACCAGCAAGGCAAUUAUGGUGCUGCAAAUUAUCAUCAAGGCGGUGGUUACGGCUAUUGA